ACCCUUCAUAACGCACCUUAGCAGUUAUACCAAGCAGAUCACCACCAUGACGAACCCCGUAACAUACGUCUACGCAAAUCCCCACCCCUCAAUCCUUACCAUUUCCUUCCCCUUCAACCGAAUGGGCCUCGUGCCCUUCGGUGGUCGUGCUACCCUCAUUCGUCUGUCUACGCCCAACUCCUCUCCUCUCACUGAGAAGGAUCUCUUCGUUAUCUCACCGACGCCGAAGCUGGACGAGACCAUCAAGGCGAAGGUCGAGGCAUUCGGUAAGGUGAAAUACAUUGUUGCGCCCGAUUUGGAACACCAGAUGGGAUUCAAGAAUUGGCAUGAGGCGUUCCCCGAUGCCGAAUUGAUUGGCCCAGAGGGUGUCGAGAAGAAGUACCCAGACUACAAGUUCUCCAAGCUCUACCGCGAAAAAGGCGGAUCAGAGACUCUGCCGUUCGAGAGCGAGAUCCAAAGCGUCUACUUCAGCGGCUUCGUCAAUAAGGAUAUCGCAUUCUACCACCCCACCUCAAAAACCCUCAUCACAGCCGACCUCCUCUUCAACCUCCCCGGCCGCGAACAAUACUCCUCCCCGCACGCCUCAAAGCUACGCACCAAGCCCGGACUCCUCCAUCCCUUUGCUUCGGUUGCGGCGUUGUUGAAUUAUGAGAGUGUGUGGCAUAAGAGGUUUUUGUGGUAUGUGGGCGCGAAGGAUAGGGAGCAGAUGUGUAAGGCGGCACGGGAGACGAUGAAGUGGGAUUUUGAGAGGUUAAUUAUGUGUCAUGGGGAUGUUAUUGAGGGGAAGGGCAAGGACGCAUGGAGGAGUGCUUAUGAGUGGUUUUUGGCGGAGGGAGCGAAGCAGAAGUAGGCUG